AUGGACCCGGUGGGAGUCGCCGCCGCCCCCGCUCCCGCCGAGGCCGGGCCGGGCCCCGCGUGGCCGCGCAAGUGCCCGUGGGGAGCGGCGAAGGGCGCGCCGCUGUCGUGCUCGCUGGCGGACGUGAUGAGCGAGCAGCUGGCCAAGGAGCUGCAGCUGGAGGAGGAGAGCGCCGCCUUCCCCGCGGCGGCCGCUGUUGCCGAAGGACCGUUCGUUACAGGAGAAAAUAUCGACACGUCGAGUGACCUCAUGCUAGCGCAGAUGCUGCAGAUGGAAUUUGACAGGGAAUAUGACGCACAGCUUCGGCGGGAGGAGAAGAAGUUCAAUGGAGAUAGCAAAGUUUCCAUAUCCUUUGAAAACUAUCGGAAGGUGCAUCCCUUUGACAGCGACAGCUCAGAGGAUGAGGUUGACUGGCAAGAUACCCGGCAUGAUCCCUACAGAGCAGAUAAACCUACUACUACUCCAAAGAAAGGCUUCAUAGGAAAGGGAAAGGACAUUACUACUAAGCAUGACGAAGUAGUAUGUGGAAGAAAGAACACUGCUCGCAUGGAAAAUUUUGCACCGGAAUUCCAGGUCGGGGAUGGAAUUGGGAUGGACUUAAAGCUGUCCAAUCAAGUGUUCAAUGCCUUAAAGCAGCACGCGUACUCCGAGGAGCGCCGAAGCGCCCGGCUCCAUGAAAAGAAGGAGCACUCCACUGCUGAGAAAGCAGUGGAUCCUAAGACACGUUUACUUCUGUACAAGAUGGUCAAUUCUGGGAUGCUGGAGACCAUUACAGGCUGCAUCAGCACAGGAAAAGAAUCUGUUGUUUUUCAUGCAUAUGGAGGAAAAAGUACAAAUGAAGAAGAUAAAGUUAUACCUCCAGAAUGUGCCAUCAAAGUGUUUAAAACAACUCUUAAUGAAUUCAAGAACCGUGACAAAUAUAUUAAAGAUGACUACAGAUUUAAAGACCGCUUCAGCAAAUUGAAUCCGCGUAAAAUUAUUCGUAUGUGGGCUGAGAAGGAAAUGCAUAACUUGACAAGGAUGCAAAAUGCAGGAAUUCCUUGUCCUCAAGUGGUUAUCCUUAAGAAACAUGUCUUGGUUAUGUCUUUCAUUGGCCAGGAUCAAGCCCCAGCUCCCAAACUAAAGGAUGUAAAACUUAGUAGUGAAGAUAUGAAAAAAGCUUACUAUCAGGUUCUUCAUAUGAUGCAGCAGCUGUAUAAAGAGUGCAAUCUGGUCCACGCUGACCUGAGUGAAUACAACAUGCUUUGGCAUGAGGGAAAGGUGUGGCUCAUUGAUGUCAGUCAGUCUGUGGAGCCGACCCAUCCUCAUGGGCUUGAGUUUUUGUUCAGAGACUGCAGGAACGUUUCCCAGUUCUUCCAGAAGGGAGGUGUGACAGAAGCACUUAAUGAGCGUGAACUCUUCAAUGCUGUCUCAAAUUUAAAUAUAACAGCUGACACUGAAGUGGACUUCCAGGCAGAGAUUGAGGCUUUGGAGAAGAUGAAUGAAGAUCACGUGCAGAAACAUGGAAAGAAAGCAUCUGCAUUUCCAGGCGACGGGGACCCGCCUGUCUGUGGUGAAUAGCAGUGCGUGUAGCUGCUAAGCAAGAAACAGACCUUUGCUGCUUCUGACUGUGUUGGUGCAGUGGUUAAAGUCAGCUCCCCCUAUCCGGAGAGAGUGGCUGGCUUCCAAUACCAAAAUGGAAAACACAGCAAGCCUUUGGUGAUGCGUCAGUGUUUCUGGUUUUGUUUUUUAAUUAAUUUAGCCCUCAAGUGAGGCUGCACUGUGAGAACAGAAUGUCGCUGCCUCCGUGGAUGUUCACCAGCUGUCCAGUUACUUACGUGAUUAAUGUAGCCGAGGUGGUCAUAUUUUGCAUGAUUCAGAGCUUGUGUGUUUUAGGUUUUAUUUUUGUUUCUUUUUUUUUUUAAUCUAGAUUGUCUAAGGUAUUCAUGGAAAAGCAUUCUGGCGGAGUCCCUCUUCUCUUUCCUGUUGUUCCUUGCAAAGCUAGUUUAAAAAGUGUGUGAAGGCACAAUGUCAACAUUGCUCUUCUCCCCUAGAGCAAAAUGAAAAAUGAAACCAGGGGCUGCUGUCAUAUUGUGAAAAUGUUAAUUUAACAUUUAACAAUGUCUUUGUAUAUGCAAAAAUCUAGACUUUUUAAUUUAAAGUAAAUGGGAGUGUAGCACAAACUACCUCUGUGAAUGUAAUGGGGUAUUCCAAGAGAAACAGGGAUUUGAAACCAACCAGCAGCAGAGAUGUCUGUGGUGAUCAUCCAGGAAAUCCCGAGGGCUCUCACCUGGCUGUGUAGCAAAGAGCAAGUUGAGUUAGCUUCAUUUUUAACACAGAGGUCUUUCUAAGGACCUGGUGCAAGCCAGAAGUAAUUCUCUCUAUUAAUUUUGUAGCCCACAGUGGAAUUCAGAGUAGAGCAUCAUUCUUUUUCACGUGGAAAGUAGUCCUUGGCUAUGAGAACCAAGUCUGAUCAGAAUUAUUAAAAAAAUCUUUUUUGCGUACAAGUGCACAAAUCUCAAAAUCAUUUGUCUCUCUGAUGCUUUUAUUCUCAAUGUCAGUGUUUCUGAAUGUUUGUGUGUAACACUUAGUAACUAUUUUAUCAAGCUCUAAAAAUCUAGCAGAGUUUCUUUCCAACAUGUUUAAAGAUGAACUGAUGUAGCACAAUGGAAUUAAAUUCUGGUCACC